ACAUGUACACUGAUCAUCAGGGCACUGAUGAUCAGUGUGCCCUGAUGAUCAGUAUAGCCCCAGCAGUGCCACCUGUCAGUGUCCAUCAGUGCCUUAUGUCAGUGCUCUUCAGUGCCUCGUGCCAGUGCCAAUCAGUGCCACAUCAGUGCCACAUAUCAGUGCCUACCAGUGCACAUCAAUGCCACAUAUCAGUGCCCAUCUGAGCUGCCUUUCAGUGUCACCCAUCAGUGCCAGUCAGUGCCACCUAUCAAUGCCAAUCAGUACCACCUAUCAGUGCUGCCAAUCAGUGCCACCUAUCAGUGCCAGUCAGUGUUGCCUAUCAGUGACAGUCAGUGCUGCCUAUCUGUCACUAUCAGUGCGCAUCAGUGCCGCCUAUCAGUGCCUGUCAGUGCCGCCUAGCAGUGCCAGUCAGUGCCAGUCAGUGCCGCCUAUCAGUGCUGCCUAUUGGUGCCAUAUAUCAGUG